AUCGUGACAUCAGCAGGAUGUAAACGCGGCGGCUCGCGGCCUGAUCGGUCUUUUUCCUCUGCCGUGCUGUCGGGGCGGUUGGCCUGCUCUCUGUCUCUGAAGAUUUUAACACCGAAGCAGCAAAAAUGAUUAUCUACAAGUGCAUCCUCACCAAUGAUGAGAUGUUCUCAGACACGUUCAAAGUAAAAGAAUCUGAAAGCGGAAUCUUCUUCGAAGUUGAAGGAAAGACGGUCACCAGGACAGAAGGGUUUGACGACGCUUUGAUUUCAGCCAACGCCUCUGCUGAGGAGGCGUGUGAAGGCAACGAGUCAGCCACAUUCUCUGGUGUGGACAUCAUCCUCAACCACAAGCUGCAGGAGACUGGCUUCGACAAGAAGCAGUACAUGGCGUACAUCAAGGACUACGUCAAGGCUGUCAAGUCCAAGCUGCAAGAGACCAACCCUGAGAGAGUGGAGAGCUUCAUGGCCGACGUCCAACCAGAAGUUAAGAAGAUCAUCGGAAACAUCAAGAACUAUCAGUUUUUCACAGGAGAGUCCAUGAACCCAGAGGGCAUGGUGGCUCUGCUGGACUACCGUGAGGACGGCAUCACACCAUACAUGCUUUUCUUCAAAGAUGGCCUGCUGGUCGAGAAAUGCUAACUACCUGGAAUAAGAUCUGCUGUUGAAUUGACUGCUGCUCCCCCAAAAUGCCCCCAAAACGCAGACUUGAAGGGGCAUUAUUCUGCAUCUUGCCUGAACGGACACUCACCCUGCCCACACUGGCCCGCAGCACAACUGAACUGUGGGAAAUUUGCCAUUUGGUCAUCAGAUACAAUUUUUAACUUUAUUUUUUUGCAGUAUUCAGUUUUCCCUUUGGGCCAGCGCUCAUGUUAAACUAAAAGGCAGGACAGAAAGUGAAACUCUGACUCUGGCUGCAAAGCAGUUUUUCUGUUUUAGCAACAAUAUGUACGGUUUGACAUCCACAGCCUUUAUCAUGCUUGGGUUUAUGGUUGUGUUAAGCUAGUCCUUCUCCAAUGCAAAGACUUCAGGUUCAAUUUGAAAAUAAAAAGUACCUCUACUUUAA